GUUUCACUGGACAGCUUUGCAGAGCCGUGCCAUUUGAAUUUCAGCACAGACAUCCACACACUGUGCUCUCCAUUUCUGGCGUGUCUCCCAGCAGAGUUUAGCUGAGGCUCGGGUUUAGUUUUCCCUCCUCUCUCUCCUCCUUGCAGUGACAGCUUCUCCAGGCUCUGCUAGCCAGGACUCCCAAGCAAUCAUGGAGGAUACCACUUUGCAAAUCAUUGAACCACCAACUGCCUCUGAGGCCUCAGAAGAGCAAGUGCCAGAGGAACCCAUCAAAUCAGAUCAGAUCAAUGGCGUGAUGGUGCUGACCCUUCUGGACAAGAUCAUUGGAGCAGUGGAUCAGAUCCAGCUGACACAAACACAGUUGGAGGAGAGACAGCAAGAGAUGGAUAGCGCAGUGACCAGCAUCCAAGGAGAAUUGACCAAGCUGACAAAGGCACACACCACCACUAGUAACACCGUGAAUAAGAUGCUGGAAAAAGUGCGCAAGGUGAGUGUCAACGUGAAAACAGUUCGGCAGAACCUGGAGAAGCAAGCUGGGCAGAUAAAGAAGCUAGAGGCCAAUGAAGCGGAGCUCUUGAAGCGCAGGAACUUCAAAGUAAUGAUCUACCAGGAUGAAGUGAAGCUGCCUUCGAAACUGAGCAUCAGCAAGUCCUUGACAGAGGGCGAGAAGCAAGAAAAGGAAGGAGAGGGUGAGGAGGUACCUGCAGGUGAGGACAAUGCAGAGGAGGAUCAUCUCCAGCUCUCCUCGGAUGAAGAGGUGGAGAUUGAAGAGAUUAUUGAGGAGUCACGGGCAGAGCGCAUCAAAAGGAGUGGCAUGAAGAGAGUGGAUGACUUUAAGAAGGCAUUCUCAAAGGAGAAGAUGGAGAAGACUAAGCUAAAGACCAAGGAAAAUCUGGAGAAGACCCGCCACAACUUGGAGAAGACCCGCCACAACCUGGAGAAGAGGAUGAACAAGCUGGGCACCAAGAUUGUGACCAACGAAAGGAGAGAGAAGAUGAAAACCUCUCGGGACAAGCUGAGGAAGUCUUUCACCCCUGACCACACUAUCUAUGCCAGGUCCAAGACGGCUGUCUACAAGGUGCCACCCUUCACUUUCCAUGUCAAGAAAAUAAGAGAGGGCGCGGUGGAAGUGAAGGCCACAGAGCUGGUGGAGGUGGGUGGAGAGGAGGCAGAAAACUCGGAUCUGCUGCGUGGGGAGAGCCCUGAGAUGCACACGCUGCUGGAGAUAACGGAGGAGUCUGACGCGGUACUGGUGGACAAGAGUGACAGUGAGUAAGACAGGCCGCAGCAUGGAAGGAUUGUGGACGAACGGCUGAACACAUAAUCAUUCACACUUUGAGAUCUCUUUUUGCCUUGGUGCCUCGGGGAAGUUUUCACAAUGCAUCCUUACUACCCUGCAGAGCCGAUGCCAACCCCAUGCCUUCUAGGACAAGGUGUAUUUUAUAUUUUAGUUUUAGCACACAGAGAAGUUAGGAACACAGGACUGUUUUUCUUACACUGAUAAAUCACCCUUGGAGACCAUUCCUGCUGCAGGCUGCGUGAGAGCUUCCUAGCCCCUCGACCUGAAGAGGGGCUUUGAGUGACAGGGACCCAGCCUAGCUGGAGAGUGCUAAAACCAAGAUAAUGCCUGUACACCUGGGAGACUCACGUGUCCUCUGUAAGCAAAGACCUGGUGUCAAGAAAGCUUCCUGCCAAGCAACCUGCUCAGCCAGCGAGAGCCUGGUUCCCUGCACCAGGCUUGGCAGCCAUCCACACGGGACAGAGUCAAGGGGGCCACGCUGGCCACCAGUUCCUGAGGGUGCCUGGGGCCGCCCCUGCGGAGCAGAAGGCCGGGGAUAUGUCCUAGCCUGGGAGGGAAGAACCGAGCAAACCCUGUGGACAGACAGAGGAAGCGUGAAGCCGGGCAAGGCCACGUGGCGUGCAGGCGGGUCUGCUCCCUUCUGCCCUCCCGAAGAAUUCGACGACCGCGGCAGCGCCCUCGACACCAGCGUCACAAAAGGUCGCCUGCUGCUGGACCUGCCGCCGGGGCGCCUGCUGCUUGCCCCACAGCCCAGCGUUGCGCAGGACCGGCGUGGGCCGCGCUCCCUUUCCGAGGUUGACGUGCGGUGUCCGGGGCCUGGCGGGGCGCUCCAUGGGGACGGGGUCCGAUCCUGUCUCUGCACCGCUGCAGCUGUGUGGCAGCCCCCGAGUCACGCUCCAGGGAGAGGGCCAGGGCCGUGCCAGCACUGGCCGUGGCUCGUUUCCGGGAAGGAAACGGGCCUUGCGUGAUGCCCUGUGACCUGGCCCGAGUGAAGAGGCACACGAGCCUCAGAGAGCAGUCUUGACACCGGUUCGGGCGCUUGACCUUGGGCAGUGCUGAGCGUCCCCCCGGGAGCCUCAGCGCGCCUCGGGCUCACGCCCACACCCAGCGCUUUCCGUCCCCGUUUCCCUGCUCCCUGCCAGCUCCCCCGUCCGUCGCCUGCGGCAUGGCGGCGCUAGGACAGCACGCAGCAGCCCGGGGGGCCCGGGGUGGCCACGCUCCCGCUUCCACGCACGCAGCCACCGCUGCAGCCCUGCAGGAGCGGGCGGCGGCGCAGCCCGGGGGCAGGGCGGGGAUCUGCCUUUCGUCCCCGCGCCCUCCCCGCCUGCUGGGCUCGGCGCUCCCCAGCCAGCACAGCCACUUUCCCUCCCGAGCGGCGGGGAGGCCCGCUCUCGCUAGCACAACUGAGUAUAUAAACCUGCUUUUUCCCCAAGAAGCGUUUUCCUCCUCCUUGUCUAGUGCAUGCCAGGCUGUCCCCAGCCCCCGGCUCCUCUCCUGGCGCCUGCCUGCUCCGGCGCCCUGGGAGCUGCCGCGGGGCCGGCGCCGGCGCGGGACCCGGGAGGGGCGGAGGGCGGCUGCCGCCGC